CUUUCAGCUAAAUUUGGAUAUUAAAGCCAAAGUUACAAGGAAUCGAGAAGGUUGGAGAACGUUAGGGAACAAGCUCAACAUCCUCUACCCUUUUGAAAAGGCAACGAGAAUUUAAGGAAAUUAAAACAGCAAGAAAAGCCUUGAAAGAUCUCGAAUUUUUUUAUGUUCGAUCUUAUUUAAAUGGUGAGAGUACAUAAUACAACCAUACCAUUAAGUCGUCAACGACAACAACAAAAUCUCACAUUCCCUCCCCAACUUUACAGCUUCAGAUUUAACUUCUUUUUCCCCAUCGCACGAACUUAUUUCAACAGUCAAACUAAAAUCAUGUGGCUGAUUCCAAGCAUUGUUGGUGGCCAACGAAGCAAAAUGUUCGACCCCUUUUCAUUGGACGUUUGGGAUCCAUUCGCAGGCUUCCCAUUUUCAAACUCAUUGGCCAAUGCCCCUUCCUCUGCUUUUCCCAACACUCGCAUCGAUUGGAAAGAAACCCCAGAAGCCUAUAUCUUCAAGGCUGAUCUUCCCGGAAUCAAGAAGGAAGAAGUCAAAGUAGAAGUGGGAAAGGGCAGAGUUUUGCAAAUCAGUGGGGAGAGGAGCAAAGAGCAGGAAGAGAAGAAUGAUAAAUGGCAUAGAAUUGAACGAAGCAGUGGGAAGUUCAUGAGGAGAUUUAGGCUGCCUGAGAAUGCUAAAAUUGAGGAAGUGACGGCCAACAUGGAGAACGGAGUGCUGACAGUGAUGGUGCCUAAAAUGGAAGAGAACAAGCCUGAGGUCAAGUCCCUUGACAUCUCUGGUUAAAGUUGAAUCAUUUGUGUGAAUGCUUUGUUUGGGUUGAUUUGGUUAGUAAAGGACUUCAAAUGUAUUUUGUGUAACUUUUGAGUGUCGAAACAGUUCGAUCGUUUACUUUUUGUAUUAUAUUAUCGUGGGAAUGAAUACAAUAAAAUAAAAUUUCAUGGUA